GUGGAUGGGGUCGCUUGUGUGUGAUGCGGGGGGUGAGGGCCACCGAACCUCUUUUCCUUGGCACUGGAGACAAAAAAACUGAUGUUUUCACACCGUUUCAGAGUCAGCAGCUGUUACGGGGUUUCUUGCCUCCCUUCCCUCAACCUCUGUAGCCUCUGGGUGAUAGGCAGGACCCAGCUGGCACCGCCAAGCUUUGGGGUGUCUCUGCACCCUUCUCUAUCCCCUGCGGGUGAUGAGGCAGGGCAGUGGGACAUGCCAUUUCCCCCUUGCCACUUUAUCGGUGAAAGGCAGCUGCUGGCUCCAUGCUGGGAGCUUAUCAGGAUGCGGGCUGUGGCACGCUGCCAGCGUUUUUUGCCAGUGUGUUUGUCCCUGUGUAUUGCCCCGGCUACUCCAAGCCUUGCUCUCUGCUGUUCUCCGGCGUUUCCACAGCUGCGGACGAUUGUCCACUACCAGGGGGGAUAGAGGUACCUGUGGUGCUGCCAGAGGGGCAGAUUCAGGGGACCCUGAACCAUGUCGGAGCCCGCUGGUCACCCCCCAGGCUGAGCCUGCCGGGGCUGUGCCUGGAUUAGCGGGCACUAAGCUCCUUCCCGCAGAUGCUCUGUCCUUUGGCGGCAGCGGGUGAGCGGCACUGCCACCAGGGAUGGGGACCUCCCUGUCCCCGUGAGCCGCCAGCACCGAGGAGCCUUGUGGACCCAGAUGCCACUUCUCCCCUGCGCAGAAGAGGCUUCGGUGGCUCGGGGCCGGGGUGCGGGGGGAGCUGGCGAUGGCCCUGGCGGGGGGCACCCUGCUCCCCGGCACCGGGGGGGCAUGGGGGUCACGGCACUUGCUGCAAUCUCCCCCUGAGGAGGACGGGGUGCUGUACGUGGACUACAAGCCCCCCGCCUUGGACAGCAUCCGCCUGCCCCGAUACGUCCUUUACCUGAUGAUGGCGGCCACCCUGGUGCUGGUGGUGGCAUACGCCAUUGUGGGGCAUCUCAUCAAGGACCUGGUGCACGACUUCGCCGACUGGGCGUUCGGGCCGAAGCCAGAGGAGGAGAAGGCGGUGAUGGCCGAGGGGACCGUGCCGGAGGUGGAGUGGCUGGAGGAGGACGGGGUGCUGGUAGAGGGGAAGCCAAAGGGUGAAGGCGCCGGCACCCUGCCCGGCAUGGAGAUCCCACUGGGGCUGCUCACCACCGCCCCGCGCAGCUCCAUCUCCUUCGCCGACUCCCACAAGAAGAGGUUUUUCUAGGGCCGGGGGACACCCCUGCCGCCACCGGGACCCUGCAGCCAUGCCUGGCCAUCGGGUCACAGCACGGCCACCGGCCACAGACUCGGGUGUGGGGGUGACGCUGCCCGGUCACACACGCUUAUCUUGGGGCUGCUAUCGCUGCCCCCCCCAAUAAAGCAGCCUGCCCCAGCCCCGCUCACUCGCCCCUUAGCCAGGCGUGGGCACGGGGAGGUGGCAGGGCUGGGACACCCCAAUGUUCACCUGGGGACAGCAGCAUCCCUCGGUGGAGCCGUGCUGGCCCCCGGGCAUGGGCACGUGGGGAGGGACACGCAUGUGGGAGCACAUGUGUUGAUGCGUGUGUGGGUAUGUAAAGGGGGGUGCAAACCCCUGACGUGGGGGCACAGCCCGGGCGUGGGCGCAGGGGGCACGGACAUGGGCGUGCACGGGCGUGCACAUGGAAACACGGACGCACACGCCUAUGGGGAGGCCUACGUCAGCACAACUGUGCGCAGGUGCAUGGGGAGGGAGGGACAGACAGACAGACGGCUGUAUGCUGAAGGUGAAUUUGCCCCCGCUGGCCACCUUGGUGCCCUAAUGCUGCCAGGCAGUGCCCC